AAGUAUGUAUUGGUGUGUAAGUUUUUCAGAAUGGCGACUAUCUUCACUUAGAAGAGUACUUAUUCCCGCCCAUAAAACUUGUUAAGAAAACGUUUAAUUAAUUAUUUUAAUGUGCUUUUCAACGAGUGUAUGUCAAAAAUGAUAAUAGAAAAUCCAGAUCAGUUCAAGGCUUGGCUAACUGAAGUUUUGGAGCCUCUGUGUGAUGCUGACCCAGCAGCAUUGGCCAAGUAUGUUUACGCAUUGGUUAAGAAAGACAAAACUCUAGAAGAGUUAAGAGGAGGAAUGGUUGAACAGCUGGACGUAUUUUUACAACACGAAACCAAAAAAUUUGUGGAUUUAUUGUUUAAAACAUUAGAAACUCAAAAGUAUGUUUUACCUUCGAAAAUGGUGACGACGCAGGAAGAAAAUCUACCUACUACAGAAAAUCCAACAUCUCAACCAAUUCCAUCAGAGAAACUAGUAGAUCCAAUCAUGUCUCAAUUACCUCCGAUUACAAAUCCAGCAUUAUCAGUACAAGUAAAUGGCUCAACGGUUGUGCCAGUAACUAAAAGAGAAUCUCGGAAAUCUGAAUCAGAGAAGGAUGAUAAAGAUAAAAGACCAAGGAGUCGAGGUCGAGUUCGAUCACGAUCAAGGUCACGAUCAAGAUCGUGGGAGAGGGACCGCCGUAGGUCAAGGAGUAGAGAACACCUUCGUCGUGACCGGGAACGAGAUCGAAGUAGGCCCUGGAGAAAUAAAUCACCUCCGUCAACAGUUAGACGACAUGAUAGAAGACGUAGUCGAAGUCGGAGUCCAUCUCCGUUACGAAUACGAGUUGUUAGUGACAGGGAUCAUAGAACAAGGUUUCGAAAUAGAUCGCCUACACCAUUGCGGUCUAGAUCACGGUCUAGAUCCCCGGAUCGGAAAAAAGUGGACAGGUCAGAGAGAAUUAAUGAAGUGAGCAGAUUAGACCGCAUAGAUGCCAGUCCCGGUGGUACUCCAACUCAGGAUAGUAAUCAUGGAGACAUAGAUAUGAGAUUAUCAACUACAAGUCAAUCUAUUCAAAGUGUUGUGGCUGUUGCUUCGAAUAUUCCAAAUAAUCAAACUGGACCAUUUCCAUCUAAAAGACGUUGCCGUGAUUUUGAUGAAAAAGGGUAUUGUAUGCGUGGUGAUCUUUGUCCUUACGAUCAUGGAACAGAUCCAGUGGUUCUUGAAGAUGUGGCACUAAGCCGUUUUAUAAGCGUUGGACCUCACGGUGCUCAAGCUCCCGGUACGGUACCAGUAACGGCGAUACCAGAACCACCUCCGGGGCAUAAUGGUAAUGCUCCACCUCCUCAUGUACCACUUGCAAGUUUGCCACCACCUCAUCUACGAAAUCAACAUCAUUCGAAUAUGGAUGCUUUUGCAGAGUACAACCCAGAUGCACCUAGUAUGGAACCGCGAUUACCAUGGGGUAGACAUCCUCAACCCAAUGCUGGAAUUUAUGGACGUGGACAACGCGAGUUGAUAAGUGUACCAGUGAUUUCCCAUCCUCCAGAAGUGACUCAUCCUCCGGCUAAUCCAUUAAAACGAAAGCAAACUUUUGAUUUUAAUCGGCUUGGUCCUAAACAACGCAUUGUUCAUAAUCCUGCUAAUUGUUCCCUUGAACUUAAAAAAGUUCCACGAAUUUUGAAUAAUAUAACUCAAUUGAAUAAUCAUUUUUCAAAGUUCGGUAAAAUUGUAAAUAUUCAAGUAAAUUUCGGUGGCGACCCUGAGGCCGCCCUUGUAACAUUUCAAUUACCAUCAGAGGCAAAAGCUGCAUACCGGAGCACCGAGGCUGUGUUGAACAAUAGAUUUAUCAAGGUGUUCUGGCACAAUAAUAUUACCAAUAAUUCUGCUGGUGGUGCUAUUGAAAAUGUUCCUCCAAGCGUUCGUCCAUCUGUAAAAGAAAGAUUGGGAGCUGCUGUAACAGUAAAAACUGAAGAAAGUGAAUACGUUCCUACGCGCCGUACAAAUGAUGAUCAACAACAACAGCAAGUGACUCAAAGUUUAGUUCCUGCUGCACAAAAGAUCGUUCCACCCGUUCCUUCACGAGAGGAGAAAGUUAAUGCAAUAAAAAAGACACAGGAAAUGUUGGCUGUCAAGGAAACAUUAAAGAAAAAACAGGAAGAAAAGCGUAAAGAAGCAAUUAAGUUAACUGCUGAUCUUCGUAAACGAAAACAAGAUUUAUUAGCCAAGCAUUUAGGGGAAAUCCGUACUUUGAUUGAUAAAGCUGAGAAAAAUCCGGAACAGAAAGAAGCGAUAAUGUCAACGAUUAAGAUGAUACAACAGGCUAUUGAUCAACUUCAAAAAGAUCUUGCUUCGAAUGGACAAACGGGAACAACAAAAACACCAAUCAAAUCACGAGAGCAAGCUCAAAAAGAAAUUCUUGACGCUGAAUUAGAUCUUAUGACUGCACAGCAAGAGGGCCAAGAUGCUGGAGAGCUGCAGAAAAGGUUAAAUGAAUUAAAAGCUCAGGCUGCUGCUUUAGGUUUGAAUACAAGUACAACAGCUGGAAGAGGUGUGAAACCUACGCGAGUAAUCCGAGGUGGUCAUGCUCUAACGUAUCGUGGUCGUGGCCGAGGAGGUUUCACGCAUGUUUCUGUAGAUCAUCGGCCAACUAGUCUACUGAUUUCUGGUUAUGAAACUGAAGAAAAAGCAGAGGUUCUUGCUCAUUUCCAGCAAUUUGGAGAAAUUAUAAAUCAAAUAGUCGAUGACGCAACGCCUUCAAUUGUCUUGAACUUUAAAUCGAGAAAAGAAGCCGAGGUUGCAAUGGCAAAAGGUCGAACGUUCCAGGAUAGACUAUUAUCUGUGACAUGGGUUUCCAGUCAUCAUUUACAUCGUGGUGGUGGAGGAGGUGGAAUAAGUGCUAAUUCGAAUGCAGUCGUAGCUGCACGUUCCGAGCAAGCGCAAGUUCCUGAUGAAGAGAUCGAUUUAGAGGGAACUGCGGAAACGUUACUUUUGGAAGAAAAUGAAGAAGAAGAAGAUGAAGACGGAGAAUCUAGAAGUUGGCGACGAUAGCAGCAUCGACAAUUGUGACAAUAUUUUGCUGCUAAUAAAUACAGUCACAGACCCACUUAUCUUUUGAGUGAGCGCAUGCCCGGUUCUAGUGUCUACGUUGCACCAAUGUCGACUAGUGCAUUUGGGCUUUCAUUUUUUAAACUCUCAAGACGUAUGCACGUCAACGUUACUAUAAAUGUUAUACUUGUUAUAUUAAAUGUACCAUGCGCGAUAUUGGUAGCAUAAAAUAUGCUACAUAUCGAAUCUAAGUAUCAUACAUAGACAAAACUAAUAUACAAAUUUUCAAAAAGAUAAAAUUAAUUAUUAGAAAAGAAAAAAUGAACAAACAAAAAAUCAAUCAAGCGAAAUUAUCUCAUUAUUUGUAGAAUAAAGUCGCUAUGUUUUGUAUGGGACUUAUGCAAAUUAUUGCUCCGAUUCUAUCAAUUGUCCUUCGGCUAUAAUUUCAUUCGUGUAUUACUUAUAUAUAUAUAUAAAUAUUAUAUAUUAUUUUUGUCCUUUCCAAUA